GCAGAGCAAAGCUCAGUGUCACCCGCGCGGCAGCAUCACCGUUGCACUCGAGGACAAUCUCAACAAACCUCUAACCGCCAAACAACCGUCCCAUUCCCCCAAAUUUACCUCCUUUCUCCUGUGUUUUCUGCUCCCCUCUCCCCCUCUCCUCUGCUGUUGUUUGUGUGUAUCCUCCUCUAAGAUGGCCUGUCAGGGGCUCCAGAAAGGGGAAACCCUGGCGACACUGAAGAGGGAGAGCGAGAGUCUGAAGAAGAAGCUGGAGGAGGAGCGGUGCAAGCUCAGCGACGUGGAGUUACAACAGGUAGCUGAGAAGAUUGAGGUGUUGGGUGCUCUCUCCAUAAAGACCAGACGUGUGCUGAAGGGUCAUGGGAACAAGGUUCUUUGUAUGGACUGGUGCAAAGACAAACGUCGUAUCGUCAGCUCCUCGCAGGAUGGAAAAGUGAUUGUCUGGGAUGCAUUCACUCUUAAUAAGGAGCAUGGGAUAACCCUGCCAUGUACAUGGGUUAUGGCGUGUGCUUAUGCUCCCUCAGGUUGUGCUGUGGCAUGUGGCGGACUGGAUAACAAGUGCUCGGUGAUCCCGUUAUCACUGGACAAAAACGAGAACUUGGCCGCAAAGAAGAAGUCGGUCGCCAUGCACACCAACUAUUUAUCAGGAUGCACCUUCACCAACUCUGACAUGCAGAUCCUGACCUCCAGUGGUGAUGGCACAUGUGCCCUGUGGGAUGUGGAGAGCGGGCAGCUGCUGCAGAGUUUCCAUGGUCACACAGCUGAUGUCUUGUCCCUGGACCUCGCCCCAUCCGAAACUGGAAACACUUUUGUCUCUGGGGGAUCUGAUAAGAAGGCCAAUGUGUGGGACAUGCGCUCUGGACAGAACAUUCAGUCUUUUGAGAGCCACGAAUCUGACAUCAACUGUGUAAAGUACUAUCCCAGUGGAGAUGCAUUUGCUUCUGCUUCUGAUGAUGCCACAUGCCGUUUCUAUGAUCUGCGAGCUGACCGUGAAGUAGCCGUCUACCAGAAGGACAGCAUCAUAUUUGGUGCUUCCACUGUGGACUUCUCUUUGAGUGGUCGUCUGCUCUUCGCUGGUUAUAAUGACUACACCAUCAAUGUGUGGGACGUUUUGAAAGGAACUCGUGUUUCCACCCUGUUUGGCCACGAGAACCGCGUCAGCAGAGUCAGAUUGUCACCUGACGGAACGGCGCUCUGCUCAGCUUCCUGGGACAACACCUUACGGAUUUGGUCCUAGUGCUAACAUGACGGUUGUGAUCUGCAAAGAUAAGCACCAGCGUUAUGUGUCUGCCAACACUGCAACUCCCUGUCUGGAGUCAACAGAAACACAAAAACCUCUCCCCUGUCUCCUCUGAAUAAGAAUAUGUCAUUGUAUCAUAACUGUAGGGUGGAUACAGUUCAUCAAGUCGGGAUUCUUACUUUGUUAUUGAUAUUGCAUAACUAUAUUAAGUAUAUGUUUAGUGUUUUUGCUGAUAUAGUGAGAAAUAACUGUCAGUGUAAAGAGCCAAAAUAAGCUGUAGGAAUCAGCAGCAUGUGUCUGCUCUGCUAUGUAGACCUACAGACAGUAUUGCUGAUUGUCUUGUAAAUUAUGCACACUGGAUUAUUCUCCAGUCAGUUCUCCUGUCUCCAGAAUAAUGCUGUAGGUGCACACACUGUUAUUAUUGUUAUUACUGUUGUAGGUUGUGUCAUGAUUAUCCUAAAGAAGACACUUUAAAGUUAACCUUAUAUUUUUCUUAUUUCAAAAUACUUUAACCUCAACAGCUUAGGUGAAUUUCCUGUGUGAAUAAUAAAGAAAAAUUUAAAUAGUUUUAA